AUGGCAGAUUCGCGCACCUUUUCACAGAAUGCCUUGGGAGAUAACGCGAAAGUCUUCUUGGGUGAUAACCACGUCACGGUUAAUGCCACUGGCCCAGACGCUGAUAAGUUAUUCCUACGGCAAAUUAGCCAGACCGAUCCGAUUUAUGACAAAAAGGAUAUUUUGAUGCGCAAGGGUCCUUUACUAAGGAUUCGUGUCGCUGGAUACUCGACCACGAAGACUUCAGGGAAUGGCAAGACGAUGCUGGUAUGCGGUAUAAUUGAAGAGUUCGAAGAGUUCGAAGAAUUCGAAAAGCUCGAAGUGAUCAAAAGGUUCUUGGAGUCCAAGUUCGAAAAGCUCGAAAAGUCCUCGAAGCUCGAAGAGUUCGAAAAGUUUUCAAAGUAUGAAAAACUCGAAAGGCUCGAAGAAUUUAAAAAGUUCAAACAAUUCAAAGAGAGCAAAGAAUUUGCAGUGCUCGAUGCAGUCUUCUCAAGCACCAACGUUGCCUACUAUUUUUGCCAAGCCGCGGACCAUCGAGCCAAUUCUGCGACCGCCGUCAUUCGAGGGCUGAUAUUUUCAGCGCUCAAAUCACGUCCGGUACUCUUGAAACGCAUUCGAGAGAGGUAUGGAGACGGACCUAAGGGGCAGCUGGACGGAGACAAAGCACUGGUCGUCCUAUGCGACAACUUUGAAACCAUUGUUCGGGAUCGAAACCUUACCAACUGUAUCUAUGUCAUUGACGCUCUUGGCCACUAUGUUAAAUGGUUGGUUUCAAGUCGAAGCGAAAAAUUCAUUAAAAGAAAACUUGCCAAAAUCUCACAAACGCUUGAUUUGGAGGUGGAAGAAAACACUCGACAGGUCUCUGCAUCUGUCGACAUAUAUAUUAACCAUCAAGUCCAAGAGAUCACUGCUAUCGCAGACGACGAAGUCCUUCAAUCUAGGACAUCUAACAUUCUCAAGAACAAGGCCAGUGGAACCUUCUUAUGGGCAGCCCUUGUGGUAGAGCAGCUACGCGAUACGGAUCACUGGCAAGUAGAAGACGUGUUGAAAGAGAUGCUAGAGGGGCUUGGAAGAUUCUAUGACCUGAUCUUGAACCAAAUGGACAAGUUGAAGGCCAAGGCUCGCGAGGCCUGCCAAGCUCUACUCUCAAUUGUGGCCGCAGCCAUGAGACCUCUUCAUCUUACAGAGUUACUUGUCUUCAUCAACGCUAAUUGGAAGGACAGCGUGCGCUUCAAAACUUCAUAUCAGCUACGAGAUAGACGUGAUCUUGACGUCGGAGAGGACGACUUGUCCCGGUACCCCAUAGAGAUUACGGAUUAUAAGGAUAACACUGGCGCUGACACGGAACUCGGCACUGAUUUCUUUGCAUAUUCGAAUCAUUUCAUGUCUGUACCCCGCGAAAACGUUAUGGAAGACCGCAGAACCGGUUCCGCUUUCCACUACAUGACUCUGGAUCUCAGUCAAGGCCCAUAUCAGGGCCUUGAUUUACGUGCGGGCAGCGCUUCUAUCCAACAUAUGAAGGACCGCGGCGGUUCCACUACUUUCAACUACGUGUGUCUGGAUCUCAGUCAAGACCCAUAG